AUGCUCAGAGCAGCCGUCGCUCAAAAAACGCCGUUGGGCAUAAAGGCGAAAGAGACCAUGGAAAAGGGUGAGCUCGUGUCCGACGAACUGGUGGUGGGCAUUAUCGAGGAAGCGAUCAAGCGGCCGUCCUGCAGCAAGGGUUUCAUCCUUGACGGCUUCCCUCGCACGGUCGUCCAGGCAGAGAAGCUUGACGCGAUGCUGGAGAAGAAGGGUCAGAAGGUCGAUAAGGUGCUCAACUUCGAGGUUCCUGACUCCGUCCUGGAGGAGAGGAUCACCGGCAGGUGGAUCCACCCUGCCAGCGGACGCUCCUACCACACCAAGUUCGCUCCUCCGAAGGUUCCUGGAAAGGAUGAUCUCACUGGCGAGCCCCUGAUGCAACGGAAGGAUGACAAUGCAGAGACUCUUCGCAGCCGAUUGGCAGCAUUUCACAAGCAGACCUCACCAGUCAUUGACUACUAUGCUGUUAAGGGCAAGGUUGCCAACCUGCAUGCAGAUAGGGAGCAGGAGGCAGUCACUGCCGAGGUUCGCGCAGCGAUGAAAUGA